AUGUCAUCCAGUACGACAUCCGCUCAUUUUCUUCAAGAAAUGGCUUAUCCACCUUAUUGUAUUCAACCAUUAAAAUCUUGGGGUAUGGUUGCUGUUGGUGGUGGUGGUGGUACAGCUAAAACCGGUGUAGGAAAUGCUGUUGAUUUAAAAUGGAUUUAUUUAAAUCAAUCAUCGGAUCCAACUAAUAAUAAAUGUUCGAUACAAAAUGUGAACAGUUUUACUCAACAUGACAGUGUCAUGAGAAUGGUAUCAUUACGAAAACAACAUGAAUAUCUUAUAUUAGCAUUAAAUCGUCAAUUAAAGAUUGUUAUGCUUAAAGCAUCUGAAAGAGAUAUGGAGAGUGGAGUAGCAUUUAAUCUACCACCACCUCCAACAGCUGAUAAUCAAGAUACAGGAUCCCUUGCACCACCUAAACGAUCUGUACGCCGACGUCAUAAUUCAUCAUCAUCGUCCGUCAUAGAUCCAGUUAAUAUUCAACAUCGUCCAUCAAUUGUAUUACAUCGAAAUGGACAAGCAACUGUUGAAGCUGUUGGAAAUGAAACAACAACUGUUGUUACAUCACCAACUAGUCGUUCAAUUUCAUUUAGUUUUCCACCUACAUCACCAACAACAGCAGUAACAAUGAAUAAUAUUUAUACUGUUCCUAUUCCAGACCAAGAAUAUGUUAAUGCAUUGGUAGUUUGCCCAGCUACACAAUCAAAACUUUUUGUUGGUGCAAGUGAUGGUUCAUUAACAAUCUAUGAAAUUAUUUGGCCUGCUUCAUCAUCAAGUGAUCGUUUAAUACAACUUAAUUUAUUAACAUCAUUUACAGCACAUACAAAAGAAAUUGAUGAUUUAGCUGUUGAUCCAUUUGGAAAUUGGCUUGUUAGUGUAUCACGUGAUCUUCGUGCUCAUAUUUAUCAAUGUUCAUCACCAUUUGAUAAACAUAGUGAAUUAGAUCUAUCUCAAUUUGGCACGAAUAAAACAGUACAAACACCUAAACCAUUAUAUCGUAUUCGACAUGUUCGUUUUGGUAUUUCACCCAAAUCAUCAUCAUCCAAUGCAUCCUAUUUUUUAUAUACAAGUCUUAUACCUCAAAUUAUUAAUGAUAAAUUAGUUAGUUAUAUUGUUCAAUGGACGGAAAAUAAACAACAUCAAUUUGUUGUACGACAACGUCGUGUAGUUUCGUACGAUCGAGUAUCAGCAAUAGCUGCUAGUAAUUGUGGUCAAUAUGUUUCAGUUGGAGAUGCUGAUGGUUGUGUACGAAUAUAUGAUACUGAUCGUUUAAAAUUAUUAUAUGAAAAUCGAGCACAUUCAAUAUUUGUUACUGAUUUAGCUUUUGUUUUACGUGAAGAAAAUUAUUUAUAUGAAACAAGUGUAUUGAGUAUAAGUGCGGAUAAAAAUCUUUAUGUACAUAAUGUACAUCCACCGCAAACAAAUAUAUUUUCUGUUUCAUUUUUAAUUGUUAUCGGUCUCUUGUUACUCUUUUUAUUAUUGUCACAAAUUCGAUUUCGAUUUCAGUAA